AUGACAGCGGUGUCUUGCAGCGGUGCGGCCGCAGCGGCAGCGGCGGCCGUGCAAUUGGCCGGCUCCUACCCCGUCGUGGCAAAGCCCAUUCCUCGAGGAUUCUUCGAGUCUCCCCUGCAGUCGCUGGUCGCUUGCAGGUCGUCCUAUCUGGCCGGUCUUGGACCCGCCGGGCUCAGUGGCGGCGAACAAUUCGGCCUCGGCCCCGGCCGGAGUCCUCUGCCCGGAGGGGCGGGAGGACCCGGCGGGGGUCCGGCAACCGGAGCCGGAGGUCCCCUGCACCACGGCUUCCCCUUGCCGGCCACCUUCCCGUGGGCUGCCACGGCGAGGGGCAAGCCGAGGCGCGGCAUGAUGCGGCGGGCCGUCUUCUCGGACGCGCAGAGGCAAGGCCUCGAGAAGCGCUUCCAAAUACAGAAGUACAUCAGCAAGCCGGACCGUAAGAAGCUCGCCGAAAAGCUGGGCCUCAAGGACUCCCAGGUGAAGAUCUGGUUCCAGAACAGGCGCAUGAAGUGGCGCAACUCGAAGGAGCGCGAGCUGCUGUCCAGCGGAGGCUCCCGGGAGCAGACCCUGCCGACCAAGAGCAACCCGAACCCGGACCUGAGCGAUGUCACCUGCCCGACCACAGCCGCGGGCUCCACCAACGGUCACGGCGCUCACCCGCACCAACCGGUGACCGCCGCCGCCAGCCUCGCCGAACACCUCAUGCGGGCCUCGCGGGACGAAGACGACGACCAGCGCUCCGUGGACGUGGACAGCGACGAAGACGUCGAGAUCAAGGUCCUCUGAGCGGGAGACAAGCGAUGAGCCCGAGCUGUUCUCCCUCGCCCCCUCCUACGGACAGACCGGACUGAAGGAUGACCCGUGUACAGUGACUUUUUAUGAACUGCCUUGCAACCCCCUUCGUGACGUUGAACGGAUUGCGGGAACCCUUCCCUGGCUCUGAAGCACAGUCAGUGGCAGCGUCGGCAGCACGGUGCCGAGAUGCCCUCCCACACAUCCUCUUUGCGCACCGAAAACGUACGCCGGACUAAAACGGGGCCCACGUGCCGGCGCGUGCCGCAGCUCUCGGAGACCCUUCCGCAGAAUCUCGCAGGUUACGUGAUGUGUGACUCGAAACUGGACUUGGAACUGGCAUGGCGUCCGCUCACGCGGAAUGAAUGCCCGUUGGUGUAGAAAUAACAAACCUUAACCGGUGCCGACAGUGACAUAGCCUCAUGUCUCCUGAAAGAAGGACUCCUGAAAGAAGAGGCGUUACCUUUGAGUCUUAACAUGAACUUUAAACUUUGGAAUGUCCAGUUCGAAUUUUCAGACCACUUUAGCAUUUUAGGUCACCAAUAUACCAACUGGUCUAUAAAUACGGCCACUUGAUUGCUGCUUUGGGGACUGCUAUAGAGAGCAGGCUUGAACUAAAUUACCGACAGUGGUGCAACUGAUGAUGAGCCGAGAUUAAGUCUCCAACCUCUGUGAACAAAGCUGACAACGUGCGUAGAUAUAUCCUUGCUCCAUUUUUCAAGUUUGAGUUGUAACUUCACGUUUAUUGUUUCUAAGAGUACAGUUGCAGGCUCUCACGCGAGUAAACACUAAGCUAGUUCGAUAAUUUUCAGAGUAGACCUCACUGAAUAGAGCAGCUGUUUUGUGCUGCCGUCAUUAGACACAUUAAGGGUCGGCCACAUAAGGACGUUCUCCGUGGCAAUAUUCCGAAAAUUUCCCCGAACAAUGCACUUUUGUUACCUUACGUGCGCCAAUGUCUGUGAAUGCGCAAAGGUAUUGCACUCGUAAAUUGUUUUGACAAUGAGGCGGCUUGACGAUAUCAACGUAUACGAGGGACUCAUCGUAUACCUUAGGUAGCGUAGCGAAGGUUAACAGCCAAUGAACUAUCAAUGAAUAUACAGGUGUCUAUAGUUAAGGAGUCAUUCGUUUACUGUAAAAAUUGGUGCUGACCGAUCAACUAGCCUUGGUUCCCCCGAAAUUAUUCUCAGGCACAAUCCUAUAUAAUCCCUCUAGUCGUAAUAUUCUAAACACCAUUCGCCAUUCAUCGCUAAGCUUCGCAAACAUUUUAUUAAAAAAAUGACAAAAACGUUACGCGUUCACAGCAUCGGAAAACCCGUUGAAACACUCAUUUCUUAAUGCCAUCUAAAGUGGAAUUCAAUAUGCAUCGCAAGAUCAAGCGUGUUCGAAGGCUACCUGUACUCCGCUACGUGAUAUCACUGUCAACCACUACCGCAAGUGUAACAGCAAACACCCAAUGCUCCGCUUAGACCCUCGAACCAUAUUGUGAAUAGGUGCACGUAGAAUGGAGGCUCAAGCGCAAGACGAAGAAAGUACGCGGAUGUGACGCGGGAAAAAAAAAACUCUUGGACUUGACGGACGGUCCAGAAAACGUGAUCCCAGUGACAAAUGUGAGGUGCUUCUGUAAAGCCAGGUUCCUCUCUUGUUGAGAGAUUGCAUCCGCACGACCUGUACAAUAAACCCGUGAAGUU